UGGAACUCUCGGUUAAAACGUUGGAACUCCGUGUCUCGUCCUGUCCAUAUAUAUGAACCCUGACGUGACUUCAACAGCCGACAGAACAUAACACUCCCCUUAACCACACCUGAGCCAAACUCGGUUUCAUAGCCAUGGCUAUAAUCUCCGAGUUCCAAGAAGAGAAAGAACCCUCGACCUCUUCAUCGCCGCCUCCUAAACCGGUGUCGUUUAACGUUAGCUUGGAUCCGUCGAACCCUGUUGGGUUUUUGGAGAAGGUUUUCGAUUUUCUUGCCAAAGAGAGUGAUUUUCUUGGGAAAGACAACGUCGAUAAGGAGAUCGCGGCAAUUGUGAGAGCUGCCAAGGAGAAGAGCAAGAACAAGGCUGAAGAGGUGGCUCCGAAGGUGGAGAUAAAGAAUAAGGAAGUGAAUGAAGAGAAGGAGAUUAAGGAAGAAGUGAAGAAUGCGCCAAUGGAGGUCGAUAAAAAGGAGAAUAAGAUGGAUGAAGACACUAGCUCUGGCUUGAGAGUUCCAAACAAAGGCAAUGGUCUUGAUCUGGAGAAAUACUCUUGGAUACAGACCCUGCAAGAGGUCACGGUUAAUGUUCCAGUUCCCAGUGGAACAAGAUCGAGGUUUGUUGUAUGUGAGAUAAAGAAGAACCAUCUAAAAGUUGGACUCAAGGGCCAGCCUCAUGUUAUUGAUGGGGAGCUUUUCCAGUCUGUCAAACCUGAUGACUGUUACUGGAGCAUCGAGGAUAAUUGUUCAAUCGCAAUCCUUUUGACAAAGCACAACCAAAUGGAGUGGUGGAAAUCAUUGGUAAAAGGAGAUGCUGAAAUUGACACUCAGAAAGUUGAACCAGAGAACAGCAAACUAUCUGACUUAGAUCCAGAAACACGACAAACUGUGGAGAAGAUGAUGUUCGACCAGAGACAGAAAGCCAUGGGCCUUCCAACCAGUGAUGAGCUUCAGAAGCAGGAAAUUCUAAAGAAAUUCAUGUCCGAGCAUCCUGAGAUGGAUUUUUCAAGGGCGAAGCUCAUGUAACUGGGAGUGGACCGCUCCACAUGUCGCCAGUCAUAUAUGUAGAAGUUUUCCUGUUAUUAUCCUAUGAACCUUUUGAGUGGAUCUUUUAUUUUGGUGUGCAGAAAUAGAAAUAAGGAAUGGUUUGAACUUUGUGCGUAGGGGAUAUUUGCAAAAUUUUGUGACAUCUAAGCCUCAUAUUUAGCUUGUGUCUUAAACUUUCCAAUGCUACUUUUCUCUCUGGAUGAUGUUUGCCUUGAUCAUGGAAUCCUGUCUUAGGAGCUUGACAAGCACCUCAACCUCUUUUUUCAAAAGCGAACAAGCGCCUCAACUUAAGGUAACACAGAUUGUGUUUUGCUGGGACGUACUGUAUUAUAUUGAUGAGAGAUAAUGUCAUAUUUUGUUCUUAUAUUUUUAAAAAA